AGCUGGGGUGACAGGGGCGGGAGCGGAGGGAGGACAGGCGGGCCUGGCAGGAGGUUAACAGGGAGAACAAAGGAGAGACACGGGAAGCACUGAUUGGGCCGAAGAGUCUGGGCUUCGUCCCAAAGGCCGGCGGAGACUUGGCAGAGUCCUGACCUCGGCAGGCCUGUGGCCGGGACGGGGCCGGGAGGCCCAGGGGAGGCCACGCUCAGUGACCCGGACGAUGGGCGGGAGGCCCAGGUCUGAGCGGAGCAGGGACACAGCUGCGCCAAAGCGCCCGAGCGAGAGGCCCCUGCAGCCCCAGACCGAGUGUGCGCCGUCCACGCUCUGUCUGCCCCGCCAGGACGCCCUCGCCCUGAGCACGGCAUCCCCGGAGCCCACACACGUGGCGGGUGCUGCGUGCCAUCUGCCGUGUGCCAUCUGCCGCGUGCAUGAAGGAAGGAAGGAUUGCCCCGAACCACGGCCGGAGACAGAAACAUGGGGGAGCCCCGCACGCCUCGGCCAGACUCCCGCCAGGGGUGGUGUUUCUGCGCCGCGGAGGGAACGAGACCAGGUGGGGGCGCCGAGCAGGACGCGGGUCCCUGCGCAGACGGCUGGGCCUGUGGGAGGAGGCACCAAGCUGGACAGAGGGGCUGGGCCGCCCCGAGGGCCCGGCUUUACGCACAUCACGUGCCAGGAAAGCGGCGCGGUCCCCACAGAACGUCUCCAAGCACCACGAGUGCGGGGCAAGGUGAGGGCCCGAGUCAGUGUAGAAACGAGAGCCGAUUCCCACAACCCGCGGAGGGUAGGCGGCAAAGUCCCGGGCAGGGAGGGGCCUCGCAGCCCAGCCGGGCGCCAGCCCUCAGGGAACCUGUCUGCAGGCCAGCCGGGACAGGCCAGCCGGGUCCCUGCGAUGACCCAUUCCUCACCCCACUAACUCCUUUCGCCACUCGCCCAGGGGCCUUGGGAGUAGGGUGAGAAGAGGACGGAUUUGGAACAAGAGGGGCCUGGCCUGACUCCAGCCCCGCCCUGUCCUGGCCAAGAGACCCAGUGAUGACAGGUGACGCCACCCCUGCAGACGGAGGGCAGCGGUGGUUACGUCUGGGCAGACACCACGUCCCAGAGACGUGACUCACGCCAAGGAGAAGGGGUCAGGCCGUCCUG